AGGGGGAUUUCAGUCAAGCCUCCAGUCAUCAUGCGGGAGUACACAGGAGUUUAGAGAGUGAACACCAACACACGGACAGCACCGAGCUGCUGAGAAGAAUGUGACAGAAGAUUAUUUCAUUUCCACGUUAGCGUCGCUGCAGUUUUUUUUAAUCUCACAUAUUUUUUCCUGAAGAAGCCAUGGAGCCGAUAACGAAGUGGACACCGAAACAAGUUGUCGACUGGAUGAAAGGUUUAGAUGACAGCUUGCAGCAAUACGUUAGCAACUUUGAACGGGAGAAGAUCAGUGGAGAACAGUUGCUGAAGAUCACACAUCAGGACCUGGAGGAGCUCGGAGUUGCCAGGAUCGGACACCAGGAACUAGUGCUGGAGGCUGUCGAUCUGCUCUGCGCUCUGAACUAUGGAGUUGAGACUGACAACUUGAAGACUUUGGUUGUGAGGAUGAGAGCUGCGACCAACAGUCUACACAUGGCCACGGCCGACCGCAGAAAAAGCCCCGCGUAUGAUGGAAGCACCUCACGCAAGCCACCCAAUGACUUCCUUACCUCUGUGGUGGAGCUGAUCGGUGCUGCAAAGAGCCUCCUGGCUUGGCUCGAUAGGACGCCUCUUACAGGGAUCAGUGACUUCACAGCCACCAAGAACAAGAUCAUUCAGCUGUGCCUGGAGCUCACCACCACAGUUCAACAGGACUGCAGUGUCUACGAGAUGGAAGAAAAGAUCCUAGAAGUUUCUAAGGUUUUGAACAGUAUCUGUGAUCAGACUGUGAGAACCACCUCUGACCCCCUGAUGAGCCAGUCGGCCUGUUUGGAGGAAGUCCAGCUGACCAAUAUCAAUCCGGGCGAGGGCCUGGGAAUGUACAUCAAAUCUACUUAUGAUGGGUUACAUGUCAUCACUGGAACCACAGAGCAUUCACCUGCAGACUUGACGAGGAAGAUCCAUGCUGGCGAUGAGGUGAUCCAGGUUAACCAGCAGACAGUGGUGGGCUGGCAGCUGAAAAACCUGGUUUUCAAACUGAGGGAGGACCCCAAGGGUGUGGUUCUACUGCUAAAGAAACGGCCCACAGGCACAACAGGUUUCACUCCCGCCCCGCUUAAGAACAUGCGCUGGAAGCCCCCAGUACCUCAGAAUAAUUCCUCCCUGGUCAGAGCUCAGUCUCCCUGCAGUUCCGCCAACGGAUCAACCAAAAAGGAGAAACCAGCCAUCCUGGACUUGUACAUCCCCCCACCCCCUCCAGUGCCAUACACCCCACGAGAGGUGAGAACAGACUCCUUCGCCAGCAUUAGUAAGAGACCAAAGGGCUCUGAGUCACCCAACUCCUUCCUGGACCAGGAGAGCAGAAGACGCUGCACCAUCGCAGAUUAUGACAAGCUAAGCGUUGGCUGCCCCAUCGAAGCCAACGUGAUUCAGCCCAGAAUGAGAGAGCACAAGCCUUCACGUGGUAAGCCCCGGCCACUGUCCAUGCCAGCAGAUACCUGUGUGGGAGUAGCUGAUCCGUAUGCUAAGCCCUGGGCACAGGGAAGGAAAGGUGAAGACCUCCUAUACAGGUACCUGAGCAAUGAGCGGAUCCCCACCAUAGCGGAGGAGGUCCCCUCAGUGUCUCCACCCUACAGGCCCGCAGGGGAACGUCAGCUCGUGCGGGUCGACCAUAUCCGGGGCAGCCGCUACUACUCCAACUCAGACCUCCACAACAGCGCCACCAUCCCCUACCAGGAAGACGUCAAAAAGGCCCCCGUAGCCCCCAUCUCCAAGCGCACAUCGGCUGAACGCUCACUACUGGGACCUGAUUGGCACUCUAGCAGUGACUUCCUCAACCGGUAUAAUCAGCCACACAUACGAUCCUGGUCUUUCUCUCAAGCAGCUGCAUUUCCUAUAUCUGUGGCUCCUUCUAUGGCUGCCGACGACUACAACCCUGUCUCCCUCCGACACAAAUCCAAGAAGAAGAGCCGAGGAGGCAAUGGUACAAUGAGCAGAAGACGGAUCUCGGUCAAAGAGCUGGGUCAUUCAGACCACCAGGGCUGGCUGUACAGGAAGAAAGAGAGCAAAGGCUUCCUGGGUAUCAAAUGGAAGAAGUACUGGUUUGUGCUGAAGAAGACGGCUCUCUACUGGUAUACCAACCAGCUGGCAGAAAAAGCCGAAGGUUACAUCGAUCUCACCAACUUCAUGAUUGACAUAGCCAUCGAGUGCAAGAAGAAACAUGCAUUCAAAGCUUGCCACCCCCAAGUCAUGAUGUUUUAUUUUGCUGCUGAAAGCCAUGAGGACAUGAACUUAUGGUUGAAUAAGCUUGGGCUGGCCUCCAUUCAGUAUGAGCCAACAGAACGAAACACUGCAGCGGAGUGUUACAGUGAAGCCAGUGACCAUGAAGAAGCCGAAAGCACAGAAAUUCCCCCUCCACCAUACUCCGAGCAGACUCUACGGCACUCCAUGGAUGCUCCUGGUCCACCUGGUAGCACACAUCAGGGCACUCUUCCUCCCCCUUACUCCUCCGCGAUCCCCAGCGAAGCUAACGGUUCGCUCUCCUCACCUGUCAGUACGAUGACAUCGCAGAGCUCCGCCUCCUCGCUCACCAAGCACCGACAGUCUUGGAUGGACCUGGUCUCGCAGGCCUCUCCUCCAGUCGGGGAAACGGCAGUGGUGUGCUCGGCCCAGGUUCACUCGCAUCAGCCUCCACAAGAGGAGACAGAAGAGGAGACUGUGUUGGAGAACUUGGCUUCCCAGGACUCCUCAGAAAUAGAGUCGAAUGAGGAAACGCCUGCAGCGGAGGGGGAGGGACAGAGGCUUUUAGGUGCUCAAAGUGAAGGCGAUCAUGGGAACAGCUCCGAUGAGAUGGAGAAGCUGUAUAUUCAUCUAAAAGAGGCCAGCCUUUCGCCAAUAGGAGAUCGUAAACCAUCUACAAGACGGGAAUUCAGGGCCUCCUUCAUAAAACGCUGUAAAAACCAGACUGUCAAUGAUAAACUGCACCUUAUCAGGACACUCAACAGCACAUUAAAGUCAAAAGAGGCGGACUUGCAGACAAUAGAGCAGGUGCUGUCAGACCCACAGCUUACCUCAGACAAGUUCAGAGCAUGGAAAGAGGCUCAUGCGCCCUUGGUGCAGGAAAUCUGCGUCCAACAGGACCAGCAGGUGGCAUCAGAGGCCACAAAGGCUGCAGCAUCAGUCAUUGCUGCUCCUGUGGUCGAGACCAGUUUAUAAAGACUCUACGUGACUGUUAUUACUGUAUUUGGACUUGGAGGACAACUCUCUCUCUUUCUCUCUCUCUCACUCUCACUCUCACUCUCACUCUCACUCUCACUCUCACUCUCACUCUCACACACACACACACACACACACACACACACACACACACUGCUGUUGGUUAUUCAGUCAAGACCUCUGUUCCACAGAAGUGGAUAUUUAAAUGCUAUUCAACAAGUAACUGGAUCAAUGAAGAGUGUUUUUUUUUAGGUUCUAUAAAUGGAAAUGGAGACAUUAUAUGAUAAGCAGAUCACAUUAAAAUGUGAAAAGUGUCUUAGUAUUACUGUUACUAUUUCAUUUCUAGGAUUAGAACAUUUUACAGUUGGUUGUUUUAUGUUUUAAUUGUGUGAGCGUAUGCAUAAACUUAUUUUGAAUGAUGGAUUAUGUUGAAAUAAUGGAGCCAUUGUUAUUUGCAUGGAAACACUUGUUUUUAUGGUAUGUUUUAUCUAGUUUAUAUUCAUCUGUAAUGAACAAGUUUCUGUUCUGUUUUCAAACUGUUUUCAGUCAAUUAUUGGUGCCAUGCACCAUCAGUGCCUGUUACAUAUGUUUUACAGUGACUGUUGUGAGUGAUUUUUGUAUUUUUCGCCCUAGACGUUCUAUCAUCAUACUUAACAGUUAAACUUUCCAGACUGAACACUAGGGCCUGCACUAACACAAUAAAUGUUGGUUACAAAUCAUGACAAUUUCAGAUUUUUAAAAAUCAAACAUGUCAAAUCUUUGUUACUGUGAUGUAAUUUAAAGCCAAGAGAUGUGAUAACCUGAUGUUUUUGUAGAAAAAAACUAAUUAUCUACUAAACCAAAAUAAACCUUGAAGAAUUUACCUAAAUCCAACCUAAAAUCAGGAAAAUCUGUCAACUCUUUGACCACUGAUAUUGACAUUGCACAAUUUAAUAUAUUUUUUCAAACAUGAUAAAGGCUCCAUAUCUUAUAUUAACUAUAGAUGCAGUAUAUUGAUUAUAGGUGCAUCAUAGCUGUAUUCAUUUGCAUUUAAGCACAGGAUGCAUGAUGGAUGAAUCUCAGGACAAACUCUCCAGGACCAUACAAGCAAAUGUCACAGACCCAGUAGACACUGUAGGCUGCAAGUUCUAGAUUAAUGGAUCAUUUUGAUGUCGUAUAGACAUCAGACAUUAUGUGACUGCAAACAGGUUUAGGAGUUUCAGGCCAAACGGGCCUUGGACAUCGUGCCAGGACCUGCUGGUAGGGAUCCAGAUAAACUCCAGACUUGAUGAUGCAUAUUUUCCUAUCUUUCAUCUGUUUCAUCUGUGUGUGUAAGAUAUUAACUCCAUGUAAAUAACUGUACAUGAUGAGCGUGUGAUGUUAAAUGUUUUUGCUUCUGGUAUGAAUGUCAGUGUGCCUGUUUGUGUACAGGGAAAUAAAAUAUUAUCACAGGAUUAA